GUCCCCCGACUACAAGACAUCCACCGACGACGUCGCCCUUCUCCUCCUUUUUACAGAGACGACCUCCUCCUACCUCUCAGGUCUCUCCCUCGUGUUGCAUCUAGGUGCUGGUUCGAAGUUGGCACGGGCGCCGCCGGCUUGACCCCCACUGUCCGUCUGAAUUACCUUAUCGCUGGUAUCGUCGCGUGUGCAAUACCCCCAACCACCAGCAUCACCACCGACGCCACAUUCGCCCAUGGCGACCGACUUCGUAAUGCCGCGACUCCCCGGUCAGCAGCAACAAAGUCCCUACUACGCCUCUGCGCAGCAGCAGCACCAGCAGCCGCAACAGCAAUAUGCGUACCGCUCGCAACUACAGACGUCAUUUCAACCAUCUGGCAUCUCGACCGCCUACCCCAUGUCGACGCAAUACCCAAACUCGCCAGUCUCGCCGCUCGGCACGCCGGGCGGCAUCUCACCGACAGCAUCCAAGAGCUACUACCACACGCGCCAGAUCCGGCCGCUUUACGUCCCCGCUGUGCUCCGACCAACCGAGUUCCCGUCCAAGGAGCCGCCAACCCGGCCAAAGCCCGAAGAUGAUGAAGACAGCCUUACGGAACAGGACUUGCGGCCCAACAGCAGCUUCAUGAGCCUCGGCGGCCUGACCGCGUUUGGCCGGCUGAGCAGGCGGUCUACAGGCGACAGCGCUAAAUGCAUCGACGCCGACUGGGACCUCGACCAGUUUCCCAAGCCCACCGGCGCGCCCACUCGAGAGCACUGGAAGCCCGACCAGGAGUCUACCAUGUGCGAUCACCCCGCAUGCAAGCGAACCUUCAGCUACUUCACGCGCCGCCACCACUGCCGCAAAUGCGGCAACAUCUUCUGCGACCAGCACAGCGCCUUCGAGAUCCCGCUCGACCAGGACGCCAACUUCAACCCCCGCGGCGUGCCCAGCCGCGCGUGCGGCUACUGCUACAUGCAGUUCAAGCAGUGGCGCAACCUGGCCAGCAGCAACAACAGCCAACGGGGCAGCCAGGACGCUGCGCCGGGCGCCGACCGCCACCACCGGCUGACCAACAGCAACCCCGCCAGCCCCAUCUCCGCUUCCCCGACCGUCUCGGUCCUCAGCAACGGCCUGCCGCCGCACACACCCGAUGCGGCGCAGAGCGUCCCGAGAGACUGGAAUUGGAGCACAUUCUAGGUGACACCGCCACUCAAAGCGGCAUGGAUCUACCGAGCUGAAAUGGGGGUGGCAAACAUUUGUCGCGCCUCUUGCAAUCGUAAUCGCUUAUUCACGGCGUCAGCCAUCUCCCUUUUAUUACCACCUUCUCCCGAUGAUACCCAGUCACUCCGGUCAGUCAGCACAUUGCCGGACCAACACUUACCACCGGAACCCAGCCCCGAGGGCAAUCAGUGGCGGCGCCGACCAAUGACAACAAAGCACGGCCGCCAGCGACGUGACCUUGCCGGAGGGCUGACAGGUUCACCAUUUUCGAGACAAGCAUC